GGAAAAGUUCUUGUGAAGCGCAUCAUCUCGCCCGCCUCAGCUUCCUUCUACACCCGAAUAAAUACAACCCAGUCGCCAGUAUUUAUUGUUUAGCCUCACGAUUUUUCAUUCUCUCCGCUCAGAUUCACGCGACACAAUGGCGUCAGCCGUGGGUGACGUGCCGCGCCGUGAGCGUGAGCGUGGAACGCAACGAGAUGGUGAUUUCUAUCGCCCUUCGAGAGAUUCUCGCUCUCCAUCGCCCGCUCCGCCUAAGCGAACCGAAGAAGAGAAGCAAGCGGCGGCAAAGGCCGAGUACGAAAAACUGCUAAAUAUGCGAUCGGGAGGAACGUACAUCCCCCCCGCGAGGCUCAGAGCGCUCCAGGCGCAGAUCACGGACAAGACCAGCAAAGAGUAUCAGAGGAUGGCGUGGGAGGCGCUGAAGAAGAGCAUCAACGGCUUGAUCAAUAAAGUCAACACUGCCAACAUCAAGCACAUCGUUCCCGAGCUGUUUGGCGAGAAUUUGGUUCGGGGCAGAGGCCUAUUCUGCCGAUCCAUCAUGAAGGCCCAGGCUGCGAGCUUGCCCUUCACGCCCAUUUAUGCGGCCAUGGCGGCCAUUGUCAACACGAAGCUUCCCCAGGUCGGCGAGCUGCUGAUAAAGCGCCUGAUUAUGCAGUUCCGCAAGGGAUUCAAGCGAAACGACAAGGCCGUCUGCCUCUCCUCGACGACGUUCCUCGCGCAUUUGAUCAACCAGCAGGUUCAGCAUGAGAUGCUGGCUGGGCAAAUCCUCUUGCUGCUCCUACACAAGCCGACAGACGAUAGCGUUGAGAUUGCUGUGGGAUUCUGCAAGGAGGUGGGACAGUACCUGGAAGAGAUGCAGCCUGCCAUCUCCAUGGCCGUCUUCGAUCAGUUCCGCAACAUCCUCCACGAGUCCGACAUCGAUAAGCGAACCCAGUACAUGAUUGAAGUUCUUUUCCAGAUCCGAAAGGACAAGUUCAAGGAGAGCCCGGCCAUCAAGGAAGAGUUGGACUUGGUUGAGGAGGAGGACCAAAUUACACACAAAGUUGAGCUUGAUGGCGAGAUUGAUGUCCAGGACGGGCUCAACGUUUUCAAAUUUGAUGCUGAGUGGGAGGAGCAUGAGGAGGCCUAUAAGAGACUCAAGGCAGAAAUUCUUGGCGAGGGCAGCGAUGACGAAGAUGAUGAGGAUGGAGAGGAUGAGAGCUCCGAGGAGGACGAAGACGAGGAAUCAAAGGCUGUGGAGAUCAAGGACCAGUCCAACGCCGACUUGGUCAACCUGCGAAGAACCAUCUACCUAACCAUCAUGUCGAGUGCCGACCCAGAAGAAGCAGUCCACAAGCUGAUGAAGAUUAAUCUGCCUGCCGGCCAAGAGCCCGAGCUACCGUCGAUGAUUGUCGAGUGUUGCUCCCAGGAAAAGACCUACACCAAGUUCUUUGGCAUGAUUGGCGAGCGCUUUUCCAAGAUCAACCGACUGUGGUGCGAUCUCUUCGAGCAGGCCUUUGCAAAGUACUAUGAGACUAUUCACAGAUAUGAGAACAACAAGCUGCGAAACAUUGCAAUGCUGUUCGGUCACAUGUUUGCGUCCGACGCUCUAGGCUGGCACUGCCUUGGCGUCAUUCACCUCAACGAAGAUGAAACGACAUCCAGUAGCCGUAUAUUCAUCAAGAUCCUGUUCCAACAUAUUUUGGAGGAAACCGGGUUGCCUAAGCUGAGGGCACGCCUGACCGACGAAACUCUCCGACCUAACCUCGAAGGCAUCUUCCCAGUUGAGAACCCCCGCAACAUCAGAUUCUCCAUCAACUACUUCACCAGUAUCGGCAUGGGUGUUUUGACCGAGGAGAUGCGAGAGCAUCUUCAGAACAUGCCCAAGCCUGCGCUCCCCGCCCCUCCUGCUCAGGACCGCUCUGAUUCAGAGUCUGUAUCGAGCUAUUCAUCUUAUUCUCGCUCAUCAUAUUCUUCUCGCUCUCGCUCCAGGACUCGUUCUCCGGCCCGUCGUGGCAAUGGUGGACGAGGCCGUUCGCUUUCUCGAACACCCUCAAGGCGUGGUGGAAGGGAUCGAUCGUACUCGGAUUCACGGUCUCGCUCUCGCUCUCGCUCUCCUUCCUACUCCCGUUCCCGUUCCCGUUCUCGUUCCCAUUCCCGUUCACGCCCUCGCUCUCUCUCAGGAUCCCGAUCCCGUUCCCGAUCUGGCUCUCCUGCCUCUCGCUCUCGCUCUCGUUCCAGGACACAUUCCCGCAGCCGCAGUCCGCCAAUGAAGCGACGGCGUUCGGUUUCACCUUAUUCUUCGUCAUCAUAUUUCUCUCGCUCUAGAUCUAGGACACGUUCUCCUAGCCGUAGUCCGCCGAUGAAGCGUGUGAGACGGAGAGAUUGAGACCUUUUUUUCUCCUUAUUCUUCUUAUUCUUCCUCUACUUCUUCUUCCUCCUCCUCUACCUCUCCUUUUUUACGAAAUUUGAGGUGGGGGGCUCACGUUUCAUUUUUUUCGGGAUGGGAUAUGCAUUGUAAUGGAAUAAAGGAAAAUAAUUUUGGUUUUAGCGAUA